AGCAACCCUAAAUGGCUAAAUCCCUAACAUCUUCUCCAUUUCCAAGUUUUUGAUUCUCCUUAUUUCCCCCUCUUUUAUAUCAGUCUUUCACCACCAGCAGCGGCGGAAGCGGCAACACCUCAGCUCAGGGUCCUCAGUCCUCACCACUACACCAGCGGCCUUCUUCUCCAAACCAGAACCAGAUCACCGGUCGUCCCUUUUUACUCAAUACUCACCGGAACCAGAACUUCCCUUUCUGUAAUCAACAAAGGAAAGGGCUCUUGAAUCUUGGUUUUCUUAGCCCCCCUCUUGAAUCGUAGGCAUCUAGAAUUGGUGAAGAGUAAAUGGCGUCAGGGGAGGGAUUUCUUACAGAUGAACAAAGGGAAAUGCUUAAAAUAGCAAGUCAGAAUGUGGAGACUGCUUUACCAUCCCCAAGAUUGUCCUCAUCCCCAAAGUCCCCGACUUCUUUGCUUUCUGAUCAUCAAUUAAAGGUUCCUGCUGGUGGCAAGGCGCCAACUGGUGGUAUUGCAGUGAGACAUGUCCGUCGGUCUCACUCAGGGAAAUCCAUUCGUGUAAAGAAGGAUGGUGCUGGUGGCAAGGGUACAUGGGGAAAACUCCUUGACACUGACGGGGAAUCGCAUAUAGAUCGAAAUGAUCCUAACUAUGACAGUGGAGAGGAACCAUAUCAACUUGUUGGGUCAACUAUUUCUGAUCCACUAGAUGAGUAUAAAAAAGCUGUUGUUUCGAUUAUAGAAGAAUAUUUUAGCACUAGUGAUGUGGAAGUGGCUGCAUCCGACCUCAAAGAUCUUGGCUCAAGUGAAUAUCAUCCUUAUUUUAUUAAAAGGCUUGUCUCCAUGGCCAUGGACAGGCAUGAUAAAGAGAAGGAGAUGGCAUCAGUUCUGCUUUCUUCGCUCUAUGCUGAUGUCAUCAGCCCACCCCAGAUUCGGGAUGGUUUUGUGAUGCUUCUUGAGUCUGCUGAUGACCUUGCUGUGGAUAUACUGGAUGCAGUUGAUAUCCUCGCACUGUUUGUAUCUCGUGCUGUGGUUGAUGAGAUACUUCCUCCAGCUUUCAUUGCAAGGGCAAAGAAAACACUUCCUGAAUCUUCCGAGGGAUAUCAGGUUCUCCAAACUGCCGAGAAGAGCUAUCUCUCAGCUCCCCACCAUGCUGAACUCUUGGAGAGGAGGUGGGGAGGUAGCACCCAUGUUACAGUUGAGGAAAUGAAGAAAAAGAUUGCUGAUCUUUUGAGGGAGUAUGUGGAGAGUGGUGAUACAUUUGAGGCCUGUAGGUGUAUUAGGGAGUUAGGCGUUUCGUUCUUUCAUCAUGAGGUUGUUAAGAGGGCUUUGGUUCUUGCUAUGGAAAUUCAAACAGCUGAACCAUUUAUGCUGAAACUCUUGAAGGAAGCAGCUGAGGAAGGGUUGAUAAGUUCGAGUCAAAUGGUGAAAGGGUUUGCUCGGUUAGCAGAGAGUCUUGAUGAUCUUGCCCUAGACAUUCCAUCUGCAAAAACCUUGUUUCAAUCGAUUGUACCCAAAGCUAUUUCUCAAGGGUGGCUUGAUGCAUCAUUCAUGAAAUCCUCAUGUACUGAUGGAGAGGCUCAAAAUGAAGACAAAAAGUUAGACCGGUACAAGAAGGAGAUUGUAACCAUAAUUCACGAGUAUUUUCUCUCGGAUGAUAUUUCUGAACUCAUUCGAAGUCUUGAAGAUCUAGGGUUGCCUGAAUAUAAUCCAAUUUUCCUAAAGAAACUUAUCACUCUUGCCAUGGACAGGAAGAACAGGGAGAAAGAAAUGGCAUCUGUUUUGCUCUCUGCUCUUCACAUCGAGAUCUUUUCUACUGAAGAUAUCGGUAAUGGCUUUGUCAUGCUUCUGGAAUCCGCAGAAGAUACUGCUUUGGAUAUUCUGGAUGCCUCCAAUGAGCUUGCCCUUUUCUUGGCUAGAGCUGUCAUUGAUGAUGUGUUAGUUCCUCUGAAUCUUGAAGAGAUAACCAGCAAGUUGCCACCGAAUUGCAGUGGAAGUGAGACUGUCCGAAUGGCUCGAUCACUUAUAACUGCACGCCAUGCUGGUGAGAGGCUCCUCAGGUGCUGGGGAGGUGGAACUGGCUGGGCCGUGGAGGAUGCGAAGGACAAGAUAAUGAAGCUCCUGGAGGAGUACGAAAGUGGGGGUGUUGUGGCUGAAGCUUGUCAGUGUAUCCGUGACCUCGGAAUGCCAUUCUUCAACCAUGAGGUUGUGAAGAAAGCGCUGGUGAUGGCCAUGGAGAAGAAAAACGAUAGGAUGCUAGACCUGCUGCAGGUGUGUUUCAACGAAGGUCUAAUCACUAUCAACCAGAUGACCAAAGGCUUCACCAGGGUCAAAGAUGGACUCGAUGACCUAGCUCUCGACUUUCCAAAUGCAAAGGAUAAGUUCAGUUUCUAUACGGAGUAUGCCCAGAAGAAGGGUUGGCUUCUGCCAUCCUUUGGUUCAUCUGCAACAGAAGCUCUGCCCACUGCAGCAGCCUCUUGAGAAGGAAAACAUAUUCAUGUCUCUAGUUUCUCAUGUAUGAUGUUGACGUUCUAGUACCUGUGUUAGCAGUCAUCCAUGGCAGAUCAGAUCGAUAGGAUUAGAUGUGGGAUGUUCGGAUUCCUUCUGAUGUUGUCUUGUUUUUAAUGGUGUCAUCUGAUGGAGAUUCUUAUGAUCCCAGUCCAAGCUAAGCUAGCCAUUGUGUAAAGUUGGUUAUAUUUUCUUCUAUAUUGAAAUAGCUUCAAGCUCAUGUCACAACCAGCGGCAUAUUAGGUAUUGCCCGCUGGUACUUGCAAUAUAUGAUGGUUAGAAUGACGCUGUUUACUUCCAAAGGAUCAAAUAUUUAUGCUCUUUUCUUGUAGCAAUUCCAGUUUGAUUUUUUAUUUUUA